AUGAAAUUUAUGAAGUUAGCCAUAAUAUUGGCACUUAUACUUGCUACAAAUGUAUCAUGUCAAGAACAAAAUACAAUGCCACUUCCACAAGGCUCACCAACAGCUAUUGCAGGGCAACUCUGCAUAAGUGAGUGUGGCACUUGCCCUGUCAUAUGCUCCUCUUCACCACCGCCUUCACAAACACCGUCACCCCCGGCCCCCCCAGCCGUCCUCACACCACUAAACCCUUUAUCACCAUCAUCCACACCAAAGACUCCCCAUUCACCACCACCACCGGAAACCAUCCAACCACUCCUGCCACCACCGCCGCAACUUCCACCACUACUGCCAAUACUCCCACCAUCCUCUGGAGGCUACCUGCCACCACCGUCUCCCAAGGUGUCACACCCACCACCAUCUCCACCACCACCACCGCCACCACCACCGUCAUCCUCAGGUGGUUUGCCGAAGAGUAAAAAACCUCCUAGUGAAUCCAGCCCACCAGUUUCAUUUCCUUUGGUGAUAAAUCCAGCUGGUCCAUCACCUCCUAACCCAUACUACUACUUCUAUGAGUCUAAUGCUGCAUUUUCAUCACUUCCUUUGCCAAUUUACUUCUCUAUUGUUGUAUUAAUUGCUGUUGAUGUAUUAUUUCUUGUCUAG